AUGUAUUCGCCGAUGGGGUACACACUUAGCCUGCUCCUCUAUGGCCGCAAGAUUGCAAGAGAAAUAGGCAGCUGGCUGAUGGUGUCUUGGAGUAAGAAGGGUGACCUUAUGUACUUUAUGGGGAAGCCGAUUCCCAUGGACGACAUCUGGGGUAUGAUAGAUAAGAUGAUUACGGAUGUGGAAGACCUGUUAUGGAAUAAGCUGAUGUUUAAGGAAGGGGAUGAUAUUUGUUUUACGAUACCGCUAGCAGAUAUUAAAGACAAUUUGACACAGACGCAGCGGGGGAAGUUCUUUAUAUAUAGUAAUGGCUUAGCUGGGAAGGAGGGGGAGAUGCUCGAGGACCUUGUCUGUAGAAAGCGGAGGCAAGAGUUCCUAGAUAAAAACGGCUAG